UCUUUCGUAUAUUUCUUUGAGGGAAGGGAAGGGAAGGGAAAGGAAAGGAAAACGGAGAUGGAAGGAAGCAAGAAAGGGAAGGUAUGUGUGACGGGCGGAGCUGGCUACUUCGCUUCGCACCUCAUCAUGAGGCUUCUCCAGCAUGGCUACUCGGUCAGAGCGACGGUCAGAUCCGACCCAAAAUUCAAAGAAGACACCACACAUCUAAAAGCCCUUCCAAACGCAUCCGAGAACCUCGAAAUCUUCGACGCCGAUCUCAGCCGUCCAGACAACUUUGAAGCGGCAAUCGACGGUUGCAUCGGGGUCUUCCAUACCGCCCAUCCAAUCCUCUUCGACGCUGAAGAUCCUGAAAGCAUGGUCAUAAAACCGGCAUUGGAAGGCAUGCGUGGGAUUCUCAGAGCAUGCAUGGAUUCGAAGACGGUGAAACGAGUAGUAUACACUUCGUCUGCCAGUGCAGUCGCAUUCAACGGCCAGGAUCUGAAGGAGAUGGAUGAAAGCGUUUGGACGGACGUGCAGUUCUGUAGGGCUCAGGACGUUCCUAUAAAAUCCUACUUCAUUUCGAAGACUUUGACUGAGAAGGCAGCUCUGGAAUUUGCAGAAGAAAAUGGGGUGGAUCUUGUUACGGUGGCGCCCUCUUCUGUUGUGGGGCCCUUCCUUGUGGCCCACUAUCCUGGAUGUUUCGCUACAAGCAUGGCUUUGAUCCGGGGCGAUCGUGAGCAGUGCAAGGUCUUGAAGCAGAUGCAGUUUGUACACAUCGACGACUUAGCAUCGGCACACAUAUUCUUAUUGGAGUGUGAACAAGCAAAGGGAAGGUACAUUUGUUCUUCUAAUGAUACCACCAUCCAUACCUUGGCCGAGUUUCUCAGCAACAGGUUUCCAGAAUUUCAAAUGCCUAUGGAUAUAUUGAGUGAGAUGGAAAAGGAAGAGCCCGUUCACCUAUCUUCAAAGAAGCUGUUUGAAUUGGGAUUUAAGUUCAAAUAUGGACUUGAAGAGAUGUUUGAUGGAGCAAUUGAGUGCUGCAAACGAAAGGGUUUCCUCUAGAGAUGUUUGAUGGAGCAAUUGAGUAUUGCAAAUGAAAGGGUUUCCUCUAAUGAUCUUUAUAUCAUGGAAUGUCUAAGAUUUUGUAUGCCAAUUUUUCAUUUGGGAGGUUUAUGAGUUAUGACGGUAUCAUUUUCUACAUUAACAUUUCGGUUCA